AUGGAAAUUUUAUUAAAUAUUAUUCAAUUUUUUACUAUAUACAUUUUUUUUAUAAAUUCUCAAUUUCAAAAAAGUUCAAUAAAAAGAGAAAGAAAUAGUUGGAAUGGUUUUUCAACAAAUUACAAUGAGAAUAUUAGAGAUAAAAAAUCAAUUAUUUAUUAUCUAAUUAACGAUAAAGUUUAUUUUGAAUGCAAUGGAUACAUUUAUAAAAAACAUAGUGAUGCUUUACAAUGUUGUAAAUAUCUUAAUUCUGGAUCAAGACGAAGUUUAUUUUUUCUUCAAUUACGUGGUAUAAUACCCAAUAAAAUUAGAUCGUAUAUAAAUAGAACAAAAAUUGCUGUAUAUGAUUAUAAAAGACUUUCAAUAAAAAAUUCUUUUACAAGAAAAAUUUGGUAUGAUAUAUGGAAAGAUUGUAACUAUAAAUGUUUCUCUUCAAAUAAUUUUAAACAUCUUAAAGAAGGGCUUCUUAAUGAAAUAAAUGAAUAUAGAAAAAUUCACAAAGCUAAUCCACUUGUAGCAAGUCGUUAUCUUAAUAUAUUAGCUCAUCGAUAUGCUACUAGAACUUCUUUACUAAAUUAUCGUUUUAUAAAUCCAAUGCAAACAUUUAAUAUUAUGUAUGAAGUUAUCCAUAGAAAUGAAGCAAAUCAUGUCUUAAAAUAUUUAUUUGAUGAAUUUAUUAAUCAUUACAACUAUAAUAAUAACAUUUAUUGUGAAAAAUAUAGUAAACAAACACAAAUUAUUUGGAAAAGUACAUCACGUAUUGGUAUUGGUGUUAUGGAAGAACAAGAAUUAAUAUAUAUUGUAAUUAUUUUUCUUCCAAAAGGAAAUAUUAAUAAUAAUUAUAGAAAUAAUAUUUCACCCAUCAGUCAAAGUUCCAUUCAUAUUUACAGAUCAUUAAAAGGUCAUCAUUAA